UUGUUCUUUAAAAAGCUUUCUUCCCCAAGCUAAAUUAGCUGGUGAUGGUUGCAAUUACUUUUAUAGUCAUACACAAAAAUGCUUUCUGAAGCUUUAUUUCUAUACAAUUCAUAUCAUUAUUAGAUAGCUAACUGAUCAAAUACCACAGAGAUCAAGAAGAGAAAAAAGGGAAUGGCAGUAGAAUACAGAUGCUGCGAGCCAAGCUUUUUUAUUUGGAUUGUUAUAGUCACCGGCUUGGUGUUGUUUGCUGGAUUGAUGUCUGGUUUAACCCUAGGGCUCAUGUCCAUGAGCCUUGUUGAUCUUGAAGUCCUUGCCAAGUCUGGAACGCCAACCGACCAAAAACAUGCCACAAAGAUAUUACCAGUAGUGAGAAGACAACAUUUAUUGCUCUGCACUCUAUUAAUCUGCAAUGCCGCUGCAAUGGAGGCCCUCCCCAUCUUCCUGGACAGCUUGGUGGCAGCUUGGGGAGCUAUUCUAAUUUCAGUGACUUUGAUUCUCUUAUUUGGUGAGAUUAUCCCGCAGGCUGUCUGUUCUCGAUAUGGCCUAGCAAUCGGAGCAAAACUGGCUCCGUUUGUUCGAGUUCUAGUUUGGAUUUGUUUUCCUGUUGCAUAUCCAAUAAGCAAGGUGAAAUUCAAUUUUUCACUUCCUUGCCGCUUAGUUUUAUUAAACCAGGAAUUUGAUUCUUCUGGUGAAUAUCUGAUUACUGGUUUGGUGCUUCACCAGCUACUGGACUUUCUGUUGGGAGAAGGACAUGAUGCUCUCUUUCGUCGAGCUGAGUUGAAAACAUUAGUUGAUUUGCAUGGUAAUGAGGUAUAUUCUGUUAAGAUCAUCAGCAGAAUCAAGUAUCCUAACUCAGUUGAGGAGCUAGAUAGAUACUGCUGGAUAAUUUUCUUAUGCCUUCUCUCAAUUUCCUUCUCUUUUUCACCUGUUUUGACGGGUUUGCAGGCUGGUAAAGGAGGAGAACUGACGCGAGAUGAGACAACAAUAAUUGCAGGAGCACUAGAACUAGCUGAGAAGACGGCUAGAGAUGCAAUGACUCCUAUAUCUGAGACCUUUGCAAUAGAUGUCAAUGACAAACUUGACAGGGAUCUGAUGAGGUUAAUUUUGGAAAAAGGGCAUAGCAGAGUGCCAGUCUACUAUCAGCACCCAAGGAACAUAAUUGGACUCAUAUUGGUGAAGAACUUGUUACCCAUCCAUCCAGAAGAUGAGGUACCUGUAAAGAAUGUCACCAUUAGGAAGAUCCCAAGGGUUCAAGAGACCAUGCCUCUUUAUGACAUCUUAAAUGAAUUUCAGAAAGGCCAUAGCCAUAUGGCUGUAGUUGUGAAACAAAAGAAUGACGUAGAGCAGCAAGCCAAUGAAAACUCAACUGAUGCACUGCAAGAUGUGAGGGUGGACAUUGAUGGUGAAAAGCAUCCAGUGGAGAAAUGUUUAAGAAGCAAGAGAUCGCUCAAGAAGGCAAAGAGUUUGUCUUACGAUAUAAAUGCUCAUAAAGGAGGCUCCAGAAGCAAGAAAUGGUCAAGGGACUUCCACUCAGACAUCCUGCAAAUCAACCACGACGACGGCCCACUGUUAGUAACUACUGGACAAGAGGAAGCCAUUGGGAUAAUAACACUCGAAGAUGUUAUUGAAGAACUGUUACAAGAAGAGAUCUUUGAUGAGACGGAUUACCGCGAUGAAAGUUAAAGAUAUCAGAACAACAAAGAAAAGUCUGCAAACAGGAAGAAGAUUUACAACCUGAACUGUUGAGCAGGGAUUAUGUGUUAGCUAUUCACAGCCUGUAUA